AGCCCAGCCCGGCCACGCCGCGGGAGCAGCCCAGCUCCCCGCCCCGCUCCGCUCCGCCCGGCCCGGCGGCGCCGCAGCCGGCAGCAUCGCGGCGGGACUGCCCGGGGAUGCAGCCGCGCUAAGAACAAAAGCCCUCUGCGCGGUCACGCUCCGGGGCGUUAAACCCACCCGGCCAAACUUGGAUCUCUGCCUCGCUCCGGAUUGAACUGCCCGGCGCCUUCAACGCACGCCGCGGACAGCGGCAGCACCCGAGCUGAGCCCGCGUCCCCCCGCCCGCUGCCCGCCGUCCCGCCGGGACUGCCCGGGCAGGCAGGGAGGGAGGGAGGGGGGGGUUUCGCCUCGCACCCCGCACCGCCCCGGGGACCCCGGCCGCCUCCACGCCGCGGGGACCUUGGCUUUGCCCUUCGCACGGCAGGUGCGGGGCCAGCGGAGAAGGAUGCGUUUCUUCCCGUGGGGAUUUUGGCUGCUGUGUGUCGCCUCCGCCCCGGUUCGCGGUGACAGCGGCAGCAAGGCGAGGAGCUGCGCCGAGGUCCGGCAGCUGUAUGGGGCCAAGGGUUUCAGCCUCAGCGGCGUGCCCCAGGCCGAGAUCUCCGGGGAACAUCUGCGAAUUUGCCCCCAAGGCUAUACCUGCUGCACCAGUGAGAUGGAGGAGAACUUUGCAAACAAAAGCAGAAGUGAAUUUGAAGCCAUGAUGAAGGAGGCUGGACGCUCUGUGCAGACCACCCUGACAGCACAGCACAGAAGCUUUGACAGUUAUUUCCAGGAUUUGUUGAACAAGUCAGAAAAGGCCCUUUAUGAUGCUUUCCCAAGCAUGUAUGGAGAAUUAUACACUCAAAACAUGAAGGUCUUCAAGGACUUGUACAGCGAGCUGCGCCGCUAUUACCGGGGCUCCAACAUCAACUUGGAAGAGGCCCUCAAUGAGUUCUGGACACGUUUGCUGGAGAGGCUCUUCAAGCAGAUGAAUCCCCAGUACCAUAUCACAGAUGAGUACCUGGACUGCAUGGUGAAACACGCAGAGCAGCACAAACCCUUUGGGGAAGUCCCCAGGGAGCUGAAGGUGAAGGCCACCAGAGCCUUCAUCGCGGCGCGCUCCUACGCUCAGGGCUUCCUGGUGGGCAGCGACGUGGUCAGGAAGGUGUCUCAGGUAUCUCUCAGCCAGGAGUGCACUCGUGCCAUCAUGAAGCUGAUGUACUGCCCGCACUGCCGGGGCAUGGCCAGCGUGAAGCCCUGCAACAACUACUGCCUGAACGUGGUGAAGGGCUGCCUGGCCAACCAAGCUGACCUCAACACUGAGUGGAAGUACCUGAUGGAUUCCCUGAUGGUGGUAGCUGACAGGAUUGAUGGACCUUACAACGUGGACACUGUCAUAGGGACCAUUCACAUGAGAAUCUCUGAAGCUAUUUCUAACUUGCAGGAAAACAAGGAUUCAGUCACAGCCAAGGUUUUCCAAGGCUGUGGAAAUCCCAAAAUCAGCACAAAAGGCUCCAGCAGUGAGGACAAGAAGAGGAGAGGGAAGGUCACCUUGGAAGCAAAAUCCUCUGCACAAGCCCUGGAGAUGUUGGUUUUAGAUGCCAAAGGGAAUCUGACAGCUCUGAAGACCUACUGGAUCACUUUGCCUAGCAGCCUGUGCAGCAAGAAAGUCAUGGCCAGCUCAGGAAUGGAUGACAAAUGUUGGAAUGGGAUGACCAAGGGCAGGUAUGGAUGGAGAGGGUCAGGGUGCCUGGAGAGCACCCUGUGGUGA